AUGUACAUCAUUGAAGAUCAUUAUAGUAUUGGACAAGAAGCGUACAUGAUGAAACAUUGGGACCACAUCAUUGUCUACCUCAUUGUAAAUCGACUGGAUCACGACACUCAUGAAUCUUGGGAAUUGAAACAAGGAGCCUCGGUAAGUCCAUCAUCGCUCAAAGAUCUACUCGACUUCGUCGAAGGAAGAGCUCGAGCUUUGGAGAACAUAGAAGGUCGUAGUAUCCAGAAAUCAGCAAGUAGUCUCAGUCCAACACAGCAGUUUGCUCAGGUCAAUGUGAUUGGUCCCAUGGGGAACACUGUCACAGCUAGAGCCUUAAUUGACCAAGGCUCUGAAUUAUCAUUUAUCACUGAACGGAUCGUUCAAGCCCUAGAACUCAAACGAUCACCAGCAUCUGUUCCUUUAGUCGGAAUAGCUUUAAGGACAAUGGAACAACUAGUCAUUGAUCACGGCAGUCAGUUUCCUUUGGGAGCUUCAGUCCUCUCAAAAGGUAGAUAUGUUGACGACAUCUUUGCAGGUGCUGACACAAUUGAAGAAUGUCAAGAAGUUGUGAAACAGGUCAAUAACCUCUGCAUGGCAGGCUGCUUUCCUUUGCAAAAAUGGAUAAGUAACGAUCCCUCAACCUUAGCUUCUAUAUCUACUGAGUGCCAUAUAAAAGAAACAUCGGUCAAAAUCAAAGAAUCUCUCAAGGAACUAGAACCAUCAGCUCAAUGGAGAUUCGUUCCCGGCAAAGAUAAUCCAGCUGACUGUGCUUCUCGUGGAUUAUGCCCUAAAGCCCUCAAAACACAUACGUUAUGGUGGUCAGGUCCCUCUUGGCUUGCAGAAGACUCUACAAAAUGGCCUACAACUUCUCAUGAACCUGCUAAGGAAGCAGUAUCUGAACUUAAACGGCAGAAGUCCUCAAAUGUAGUUUGUUCGUACUCUGAACCUGAGUUACUGAGUCGCUACUCUGAUCUUAAUAAACUAUUGUGUAUUACAUCAUGGUGUAAACGGUUUAUAAAUCGUCUCAAAGGGAAUCAUGAUACUGCGUAUACUCCAUACUUAACUCCAAAAGAGUUGAAUGAUUCUCUCUUAUUCUGGACAGGGUUUGUCCAAAACCAAGCGUUCAUAGAAGAAUUUAAACUGCUAAAAAUGAACAAGCCUGUACAUCAGUCCAGUAAACUUUACAACUUCAAUCCAUUUUUUGAUCAUGACAAACUCAUCAGAGUUGGCGGAAGGCUUCAAAAUGCAUCUAUUGAGUAUGAUACAAAACAUCCUUUCAUUCUCCCAAAAGAUUCCCUCUUAUCAAAACUAAUCAUCAACGAUGCUCAUAUUCGCACACUUCACAGUGGAACUACCAACACUCUAUCAAAAGUAAGACAGCGCUUUUGGAUUCUUGGAGGCCGUCCAACUGUAAAGAAAGAAUUAUCACGCUGUGUUAUUUGUGCUAGAUAUAGAAGUGAACAAGCUCAACAACUCAUGGGACAGUUGCCCCCAUCAAGAGUCACCCCUUCACGUCCAUUUCUACAUUCAGGAGUUGAUUAUGCUGGACCUUUCAUUAUUAAAACUUGGCAUGGAAGAGCAGCAAAAACAUACAAAGGAUACAUAGUAUUGUUCAUAUGUUCUUCCUCUUCAGCAAUUCAUCUUGAACUAGUCACAGAUUAUUCCUCAGAAGCUUUUAUCGCUGCAUAUAAAAGAUUUACUGCUCGUCGAGGGAUAUGUGCAACUAUCACCAGUGAUUGUGGAACAACAUUUGUCGGUUCAGACAGUGAACUAAACCGCCUUUUCACAGCUUCAACAUCAGAAUCAAACAAAUUAAGAGAUCUGUUAUCUAAGGACGGAACCCUAUGGAAAUUUAACCCUCCUUCUGCUCCUCACUUUGGUGGUCACUGGGAAGCUGGAGUGAAGUCUGUUAAAUAUCAUCUAAAGAGAGUUGUAGGUGACCACAUAUUAACGUAUGAAGAGUUUCUUACAGUUCUCAUCGAGAUAGAAGGAGUAUUAAAUUCAAGACCAUUGUGCAAAUUGACUGAAGAUCCAGAUGACUUAACAACUUUAACACCAGCUCAUUUUCUGGUUGGUGGUGCUUUAUCUGCUGUUCCAGAACCAGAUCUAAAAGGAGUGCCACAAAAUCGACUAUCACGGUGGCAGUUAUUGCAACAAAUGAAACAAAGCUUUUGGAAAAGAUGGUCCAAAGAGUACCUACAAAAAAUGCAAACAAUGUACAAGUGGAGAUCUCCAUCAACACCGGUGGAAAUCGGAUCAAUUGUUCUCAUUAUCGAUGAACAAUACCCCCCAUCAAAGUGGCCUUUGGCUAGAGUGAUUGGCGUUCACCCCGGACAAGAAAAGAUAACUCGAGUUGUGACACUUCAAACCGCUACUGGGAUAUUGAAAAGACCGAUUGUAAAGUUUUGUCGUCUACCAAUAUCAUCUGCAAGCUGA